AUGGAAACCCCUCGAUCUCAGACACUGGUUCCUGGCGCCAUCUGGUUUACUAGACUUGUGCCUGUUCUGGGAGUUAUUAUUCUUUGUCGUGUUGUCAGCCAGGAAUACUUUACCAUGCGUACCAACCCUCGGACAAGCUUCAUCGCGGCCAUUGCUGCUUCUCUUGCACGGCAUGGAAAUGCAGCUGGGAAUGUGGAUCUUGGCUGGUAUCCGCCGAAUGCUACGGAAAUCAAUGACUUGACGAAAGUCAUUGGAGGGGAUGGCGUGUAUGGAUUCAUAUACAACAGCUCUACCACUCCUGCCAGCGAGUAUGGGACGUACAAUUGGUGUAACAUGCCGCAUGUGCGGGCGACGGAGUACAAGAAACCAUCCUCGGAAUACAAACUACAAUACGUCGAAGUGAUCCAAAGACACCACAAGCGAACGGUCUAUGCCUCGAACUCCUUCCCAGUUGAAUCAUAUGGUUGGAAUUGUGACGAUGAAGGGCUGUUCUACUAUGGCGAACCAAAGAAUGGGAAGAAAGCCGCACAUGCAUACUGGCAGGGCUUCCUUUCACCACAGAAUCCGUUCAUUCCAACUGGUUUUCUCGGAAGCUGCCAAUUCCCUCAGAUCACCAAAGAAGGACUUGAUGAUUCAUGGCAGCAUGGGAAGGACCUAUAUGAAGUGUAUCAUGACCUGCUGGGCUUUCUGCCAGCCACUGCAAACGAGAAGGUCACUUUCAGGGUUACCCAGAACGUGAUUACCAGUGAGGUUGCUGGCAUGGUCGUGAAUGGGAUGUUUGGUAUUGAGGACGACUAUCCAUUACUUAUAAACCCUAGCGGAUACGACUCUCUUGAACCGACUUACUCCUGCCCCACAGCUUCGAGCCUUUUCAAUGCAAUCAAGUCAGGUGCGAAUUGGACCAAUCAUCUGACAGCUGCUGCUGGAAUCUACUCUACCUUGGACAAUAUUUCUGGAGUACCCACCACAGACUCAGGAUUUCAUGCGAGUUUCGACCAUUACUAUGACAAUUUGUCCGCACGCCAGUGUCACGCGAAGCCUUUGCCAUGCAAGCUCGUCAAUGGAGUCAACUCGACCAUUUGCGUGGACCAAGAUCUUGCUGAUGAUGUCUACCGUCUGGGCCAUUAUGAGUACUCAUACAUCUAUCGUGGUGACCCUCGAAGUCUGGCAGCAAGCUACACCAGCCAAGGCGUCUGGGUUGGAGAGCUCACGGCUCACAUUCGGGAUUUCAUAAGUGGUGCUAGCAAUGUUAUCUAUCGACACAAUGUCGCACACGAUGGAUCGAUGUCGAGAGUUCUCUCCCUCUUGCAACUCGAUGUUAUGGUCUGGCCCGGCAUGGGAUCCGAGGUCGUCUUUGAGCUCUACAAGAAGGAUGCGUCAGUAACCCCAACAUCCGCUACAGCUACACCAACUGCAGCACCAAACUGCAACCACGAUAAUUGCCUUCGACAAUUCAUUAAGGAAUCCUCCAAAGUCUCUGCUUUCUGCCCUACUUUCACUGCAUCUUCAGCAACCGCCGCACUACCAACAUUCGUCUCCAAUUGCGGCGGCCUGGCAUCACGAGUCUCAUCUGCCUGUUCAUGUAUCGUGACACCAACUUCUUCAACCUCCGUGCCAGCUGCUACACCAUCAGCCCCGGCUAGUGGAAGUGGGUACUAUGUCCGUGUGCUGUGGAAGGGCCAGCCGUUGAGGAGUUCCAACCCGAGUCUGGGUUUGAUGGACAUGGUUCCGCUUGAGACCGUGCUGGGUUAUUUUGAUGGGUUGGUGGGUGUUGGUGCCAGUCUGGUGAAGGGCAAGUGCAAUGGGACGAUCCCAGUUUAG